GCAAACAGUUCUGCAAGGAGCCCCCAUGCUUGGCUUGAAAACUGAAAGGCCUGUCAUGGGGCUCCCCACACUGUCCAGCUUGUACCUUAUUUCCAGUUUAGCUUUGGCUUCUGGCUUUUGGCUAGUGGCUGUUGGCUGUCUCCUGGCACUGGAGAGUGGGUCCCCACAGUGCGGGACAGGACAGUGGGCCAAGAUCAGGACUCAUGCAGUAUCUGCAGGUGCAGGAGGGCAGAGAACGCCAAUGAGAGCUCCCUCCUCAGCGCCUGUGGACAGGCCCUGCUUGGGGGUCCCCCCAGGACCACCCCUCGCCAGGCACUUGGGCUGUGCUGGACAGGGGAGUAGAGCUGAGCUAGUGGCCUCCUGUCCUGCCCUGCCAGGCUUUGGCAGUAGUGCAGCUGCAGGUCAGAGCGGCUCCACAGGCCAUGGGGUCUCCAAGGGGUAGCAGGGACCAGGGGGCUAAAGGACCCUCCCAGAUAUGCAGAAAUUUGGGGAGAGGGGUUUGGCCAGGCUGGCAGGUAGUGAUGUACCAUGGGCCACAAGCUACUGCUUGGCUUCUCUGCCCCCAGCCUUGGCAGGGCUGCCUUGGCAUGGAGGAUGGCUCCUGUAAGCCCACAGUGAGUACUGGGCAGCCCCAUGGGUGUCGUUGGCCAGCACCGCACGCGUGCAAGGGGUGGGCAAAAGGCGGCACCUCCCUGGCAUUUUCUCAGCCAAAUAGUAUUGAAACAAGGUUAGCCUCACUCGGAAAACGCGUGCGUCUUGCUGCUGCACAGCUGUACUCCAUCCUGGGCAAGCGCCAGUGCCUUCUCUGCCCUGUGACUGACCUCCCAGGUGGCUGUGGCUGUGGCAGGGCAGAGGCUGUGGGUCCAGCUGCUUUCAGCUGUAGCCUUGGAUAUGGAAGUCCUCUGAGGGAAAUGCCCCAGAGUAAUGGUCAUAUUGGCACCAUGUUCUUCCAGUGACCUGGCCUUGGCUGUCCAUGGCUGGACCCAGGCUCCAAGCACCUGUCCCCAUGCUGUUGGCAUGUGGGAGCCUGCCCGUCCCAGGCAGUGUUGCUGUGGUGGGGGUGGCCGGGGCUGGGGCAGGUCGUGCUUGGUGGAGUUGUCCACCCUGCCUGAAGGGCCUGGACGGCUGGCGGCUGCUGUGGGAGUGGCUGUGGUUGUGCCUGGGGUGGGAGGUGACGCUGCUGGACCUUGUCUUGCACCUGGGAGCGGCUCUGUACACAGCGGCUCUGCACACACCGCUCCAGCAAACGCCCGCGGGGAGGGAGGGGCGUGUUGGUCAGAGCGCAGGGAAAGUGAAGCCAAAUAACAGGAAACCCUUCCUGGCAGCACAGACUGCAUGGGACAGCUGGAGCAGGGCAGCCUGCGCAGAGCAUGCCCACUGCUCCCCCCAGGGUCCCCGACCCAGCAGGGAGGUCCCUUCUGCCUGGUGGUGCCAAGCUGGUGGCUUGGGACUGUCACCCCACCCUGUGCACUGGCAGCUCUGGGUUAACCCAGGGGCAGCUGAUGCCCUGGUCCUAGGCCCCUGGGGACCCAUGGGAAUGCUGCCCUGGGGAGCAAGGGGACAGGCGAUGAUCAGGGCAGCUUGUCCCAAAGUGGUUUUUCUCUGGCAGCCAUGCAGUGAAGUGCCUGGCUCCUCUAGCAGGCUCUGGUCCCAUGUGCCCUUGGGGCCGGCCACCCCGGCUUCGCAUGCAGGCAGGGGGGCAGGAGCCCGUGGCAGAGGUCGGGGGGCCAGGGAGCAUGUCUCAGUUGGAUGUGAGCAGUUGGGAGCAGGAGAGGAGGCCCGUGGGGCCGUCUCUGAGAAGUGUGUUCCCUUCCAUGCUGGGGCUGCCUCUUCCCCCUGGUCCCUGCCAGCUGGGGUGGGAAGGGCUUGGUGGUGCUCCACACAGGAUCAGCCCCAUCCAAACCCCCGGACUCAUCUUUGUCUGACUUGGCCCUAGAACUGGUCAGUCAACCCUGCAGCCUUGUAGCUGUGCUCAGCACCUGAACCUGCCCCAGACAGAGCAGGGGGAUGUGGGCUGCCAGUGUCCUGCUGCUG